GCGAAAUUGAAAAAACGCGCGUUUUCGCCACUCCAUCUUAUAUUUAAAGUCAGGUGCACAACGAACGACAAAUUCGAAAAUGCACUCUGCAUGUAAACAGAGAUUGUCGUCUAAUGACGUUGAUUGUGAGAAUAUAACCUCCUUCACAAUAUUUAUCUCGACGGUUGUAUGUCAAAUAAACUGAUAACACCUCAAAAAAUAAAUGCUAUAGCACUGAGAAUACACGAUGCACUUUGAAAUUAAUGCAACCACCAAGUUCGAAAAACCUGCAGUAGAGUGUUGUUAAAGAAGUCCUUCGAUUUUGCCGAUAAAUUGACGAAAAUUAUGUGCACCUAUCGAGACGUUAUCCAAGUAUCAGUGUAAACACAGGGUUUAAAACAUUCGUUUCUGGAGAAGAUUAUUAAGUGCUAUUCAAAUAAAAAGUGAAAAUGUUUAAGAAAUUCAAGGAUAAACUUGCAGAGGAAAUGAAACAGUCACCUGCUAGGCUGCAAGCUAGCAUGCAGCAAUUGGCACAGGCUGUUGUGUCGCCAUCAUUGUCAAAUACCUCAAUUCAAGACUUGUCAUCCAAAGACAAUUUCAGUUUGACUGAAGAAACAGAUGAAACACCAAAGAAUAGUCCUGCAAAACAUGGCUUUCAAACUGUUGACUUGACAUCGCCAUCCGUCAAUUCCAACACAUCAAGGAGAUCAUCUGUCAGCAGCAAUGUCAGCGAUGCAUCCUUUCUGUUUCCAGUUUAUGAAGGUUCCAGCAGCAUGUAUCAUUUGCAGUCUGACAUGGAUCAGUCUGCUAGUGAAAUUGACGAUAAUAUAAGCCCACAACUAGAUCGUGUUUCUAAAGAACAACUUUACUCUGCUUAUCGAAAAGCAAGAACUAAAUAUGACAAAUACAGGGGAAGGUUUUCAGACCUUGUAACUCAUUACAGAGAAAUCGAGCGUGCCAAAACAAAACUGGAAAGUCUUUUAGUAGAAACUCAAGACAAAGCAUUAAGGCGUAUAAGUGACCUUAAAGAACAGUGUCAGCUGGAACAGCAAGCAAAGGCACAUUUGGAAGAAGCUCUAAGGAAUGAUAUUGAAGAAAAAGAUCAUGUAAUAAAUUCCUUGAGAACUAAAAUAAAACUAAUACAAGAAAAAAGUCCAAACAUUGAAGGCUUAGAGACUGUCGAAAUAUCUGAAAAUCAUAAGGAAGGCGAUAAAGUAGAUAUUCUUGUAGACUUAUCAAACAAUUCAGAACCAGAUCAACCAAGUGAAGAAUCAAAAUUGGCUGAAGAAAAUCAGCAAUUAAAAGAAAAAAUUCAGAAAAUGGAAACCUUUUUAGAAAAAUAUAAAGAUAUGUUAAAACGAAGUAAAGAUAAAAUGCUUGAAAUGACAAAUGAAAAAAAUACAUUAGAGAGGGAUUAUGACAUCUUACAAAAAUCAAGCAAAGAAAAACUGGAAAGUGUGGAAAGCGAGUUGGAAAAUUCCAAAGAAGGAUUCAAAAAUUUAAGAGAAGAACUGGAUGUUUUAAAAAAACGAGAAGAGGAGUCAGUUAUUUCUUUAGCUGAAAAUAAAUUAUCAAUACAUAGAGAGCUGGAAGGAAAAGAAGAGCAAAUAAAACAACUUCGAUCAGAAUUAAAGCAAACUUUAGAACAUGAAAAGGCUCUCAAGGAAUCAAUAGAAACACAAAAACUAGAAUUAGAAAAGGUCAAAUUGGUUGCUAAUCAAAAUGCUGAAGCAAAUCAAGAACAUUUAAGAGGUAAAUCAGAAGCAUUAAAAAAAGUGCAAUCAGAAAUGCAACAAAAAUUAAUUGAUUUAGAAGAAACAAUGGGUGCAAAAUAUCAUGAAGAAGCUAAUAAAAACAAAGAGUUACUAUCAAAAAUAGAAGAAUUAGAAAAACAAUCAAAAGAAACACAACAUGGAUCAGAAGCACUUGAAAAGUUAACAAAAAAAUUGCAAGACAAAGAAAAUCAAGUGUCAGAGUUAGCUAUAAAAAAAGAAGAGUAUGAAAAGCUCUUAGAAGAAUAUAAAACACAAAAUACGAAUUUAAACAAAGAAUUUACUGAAAUUAGAAACUCUUUGGAAAAAAUACAAACAGAAACGGAAACUUCUAGUAAUGCUUUAAAAGAUAAAUAUGAAAAGGAAAUAAAUGAAUUAAAAAAGACAUUAGAAGAAAAAACUGAUAUUUCAGAAAAAUCGAACUUGAAAAUUCAAGAAUAUACAGAAGCGCUAGAACAGUUUAAACAAAAAUUAAAAAUGCAAGAAGAAGAAAUUUUAAUUUUAAGAAGUAAAACCAGUGAUGAAGAAAAGAUGCUAAGACUUCAAGAUGAGUUUGAAAGUAAAAACACUGAAAUUUUAGGACUUAACAGUGAACUUAAAUCGUAUCGGACAACCAUAACUGAUCUGAAAAAAGAGAUUAAUAUUUUAGCGAACCACAGACAAAAUUUAGUAAAAAAUCUAAAAUCCUGUAAAAAAGCAGUUAAAGGUUUAAAACAAGAUUGUGCAUCUCUAAAAAAUGAUGUGCAUAGUCGCAUUUCAGAAGGAAAAUGUGCAAUAUCUGAUGCUGUUGAGAAAACUGUCAAUGUAUUUCCAAUGAUGGAUGAAAAAAUAAAUAAUCUUCAAUCACAAAUUGUAGAACUGACAGAAAAAACUAAAACAUUAGAAGAAUUCAAUAGAAACUGUAGUGAUAGUAAUGUGCAAUUAGAAAAGAUUUUGAGUGAAAAAAUGGCAUUAGAGAAAGAAUUACAAGCAAAACAACAUGAAGUUGAAACGAUCCAAGCUAAAUUAAUUGAUUUUGGCGAACUUAAAGAAAAUAACGGUAAACUUCAGUCAGACAUUGAAAAUUUGAAUUUUAAAAUAAGUGAAUAUGAAAAACUUUGCACGGAGCACAGUAUGGAAAUUCAAGAAGCGAAGCUUGAAAAAGACAACCUUCUAAAAGAUAUCACCUUAAAGAAGCAGCAUAAUGAGUCUUUAAUACAAGAAUUUAGUCAAAAACUUUCUGAUAAAGAAGUCAUAACUCAGGAAUUCCACGAAGAGCGCAAUAAAUUGAUUCACGAAAUUCAAGUUCUCGAAUUUGAAUUAGCCUCUAUAAAAGAAGAAUUAGGCAAGAAAAAUACUGAAUUGCAAUAUUUACAAACGAAAACUACAGAAGAAGGAGAACAAACAGACAAAAUAACGAACGAGUGUGAAAAUUACAAGAAAUUACUUGAAGAAAAUAAUCAAACAUUAUCACAAUUAAAUGAAGAGCUUAAGAAUUCUAAAGAUGAACGAGAUAAAAUAAGAAUUGAAUUACAAGAAUCCAAAGAUUCAUUGCAAAAAGCUAUGGACACUAAAAAUGGAUUUUUACAAAAAUUAAAAGCCUUUAAAGAAAAACUACAAAAAACCAUAGACGAAAAAAAUAGUAUUACAGCAGAAUUACAUCAAGAAAAAUCGAAACUUCAAACUGCCGAAAAAGAAUGGAGUCGGUCGUUAAAUACUAAAACUAAUGAAAAUGAUGAGUUAAAAAAAUCAAAUUUACAAUUAAUUGCAGAGUUGGAUGAAUUGAAGUCGAGUAAAGGAGAAUUAGAUAGUUUAAAGAAUGAAAAAGUUAUUAUGGCUGAAGAACUAAAGGAAAUAAAAUCUUUGCAUGAUUUGCUGCAUAAUGAAAAUAAAAGUUUAAAAGACAAUCAGAACGAUUUAUUGAGACUUAACGAAGUUCUAAAUCAAUCUCAAAGUGAAUUGACAGAAAAGCUCCGAAAUUUGGAGAAGAAGAAUGACGACAUAGCUAAAGAAAAUAACGCCUUUCUUACAGAAAUUGAAACUUUUAAAUACCAACUAAAAAAUGCACAUUCUGAAAUAGAAAACCUAAAAUCGCAGUUAGCGGAGCUGGAAGAUAUGCGAAAGAAAAAUAAUGAAUUAUCUAUACUAUUAAACGAGGCAAAUAAUCAUCAACAAAAUAGCGCACAACUCUUCACAGAGGUGGAAAGAUUAACUGACACUAAUAGAUCGUUAAAUUCGGAGCUGCAAAAUUUAAACAAUAAAAUAUUAGCUUUAGAAAAACAGCACGAAGCAAGUGUAAACUUGGAGCAUGAAUUACAAGUUUGUAGAGAUAGAAUUGUAGAAUUAGAAAAUAAUUUAUCGUCUAAAAUUCAAGAACUGAAUUCGUUUUCAAGUAAUUCAGAGAACGAAUGCCACAACCUUAGAAUAGAGCUUGAAGAAAAAAAUGGCGUACUAAAUGAAAUGGAAUUAAAAAAUACCAAACUUCUUGAAGAGAUCGAUCAAUUGUCAUCUUCAAAAUUAGAUAGUGAAGAAAAGGCAAAUCAGGAAAUCAACAAAUUGCGUGAAGCGUCAAUUGAAUUCGAAAAGAACUUAUCAGACAAAGAAGGCGAAUUAAAUGUGUUGCAGGAAAAAUGUUCUAAAUUAGAAGCCGAAAUAAAAAAUAUUGAUCACUUAAAAUUAAUUGAAGAGAAUUUGACAAAAAAUAUACAAGAUGCGAUAUCAGAAAAAAGAAAAAUAGAAUCCCAGCUAGAUGAAACACUUGUCACGUUUCAAGCCAAAGAAACCCAAAUGCAAGUUCUUAACGAAGAAUUGCGAAAUCAAGCGGCAAAAUUACGAGAACAGUUGAAAAUCAAUGAAGAAGAACAAAGUUUGAGACUAAAGCAAAUCGUUAAAGAAUUCCAAGCACAGCUUCAUGACAAGGAGAAAGAAUUACAGGCUGCCCUUGAAAAGAGAUUUGAUCGUCAACAAAACUAUGAAUCAGAUAUUAUACAAGAAUACAGGGAACAAUUAAAAGAUUUUCAGGUAGAACUUACAAAAAAAUCAGAAGAAAUUGAAAGGUUAAUAUUGAACAAUGAAAAUACAAAAAAAGAAGCGCAAGAAGAAUUUGAAAAACUUUUGGACAACAUUAACCAAAUAAAACUAGAGCAUAAAGAAGAAAUUCAAGAACUUGAGAGAAGAUGGAAACAUAUUGUUAACCAAAAAACAAGUCAAUUAGAAACCAAACAUGAACAUGAAAUUGCAGAACUUACUAAUGAGUGGAAGAAUGAGCGAAAAAAUGAUGAAAAUACCGAAUUAUUAGACAAGGAAUUAGAGAGUACAACAAGAGUAGCAAUGGCUGCAGUGCAGUCAAAUACUGGUUCUUUCCACACAUUGCAGCAAACAUUGCUUUCUCAAAAAAGAGAAUUAGCUGAAUUGAGAAAAUUAGUUAAGUUAAGACAAGAAUCUGUAGAAGACUCAACUGAAAUCGAGUACCUCAGGAACAUAUUGUACAAGUACAUGAUGGGAAAAGAAACAAUGGUGCUUGCCAAAGUUAUUGCUGCUGUUGUUAAAUUUGAUCAAGAUCAGACCUCAAAAAUAUUGAAAAAAGAAGAGGAUAAACUAUCAUUGCUUGGAUCAUUAGGCUUAACAUAACAUCAUUUGUCUAUAGGCAUUUACUAGGAACAUAAUUAACGUAAUGAAUAUUAAUGUGUUAAUAUUCAUCUCUAUACUACAUUCAGUAAACUAUCCUAUGCUGCAUAACUGCCCUUAAAAUCAUAUUUGGGCAUCGACAACAGCUAAUGGGAACAUGUUAAACAUGCAACUUUUAGUGCAUCUUUUUUCAACUUAUACAUUGAAGUUUUUUAAAUGUGUACAAAAUUAGGCAGAUACUGUUUCCAGAAUAUCAAUUAAUUCAUUUUAUUUUUGAUAUUGGUGUAUUAUAAUUAAUUUUUUUAUUGGUGAUCGUAUCACUAAUUUUCCGCUUAUUAUUUAUACUUCAAUUGAUAUUCUUGUUACUGAGUUUUAAAAAUACAUGGAAAUUGAUAUAACCUAUUAAAAAUUUUUUUCCAUAGAUUUUCAUGUUAAAUGAUCUAAAAACUGCAAUUUUAUCUUUACUUAAAAUUUUAAACAGAGAAUAUAUUAGUAAAUAACAAUUGUACAUAAUAAUGUAAUUAUAAUGUUUUAUUUAGAAAUCUUAUAUACAAAUAAAUGAAGUUUUACGACUA